AUGAGUUCUUCAGGCUUAUCCAAGCCCACCAAUAUAAUUACAGAAAAGUUCGAUGUGUCUGAAGAUACCGGCCGUGGAGGAGGAAAUGAAAUCGGCAUGUGCAGCUUAUUGCCAUUGGGGGGGUCUCUUGGAACCGGCCUUUUCAUUGCCAUCGGCGGCGCACUUUCCAAAGGCGGUCCGGCCAGCUUGUUGCUCGCAGUUACCGUCGAGUCCAUCAUGCUGAGCAUGGUCAAUAACUGCAUUGCCGAGAUGGCAACUUAUAUGCCAGUCAGUGGUGGUUUUAUCUCUCAUGCUGGAAAAUGGGUUGAUGAUGCUUGGGGAUUUCUUGCGGGAUGGAAUCUCUUCAUCUUUAUGGCCCUGAGCAUUCCGUUCGAAAUUUCAGCUGUCAACUUGUUUCUUCAAUUUUGGAGGGAUGAUAUCCCCGCUUGGGCUGUUUGUGUCGCUUGCCUCGCUGUUUAUCUCGCGAUCAAUCUUUUCACAGUGCAUGCGUAUGGUGAAACUGAAUUCUGGUUGUCGACAGGAAAAGUUUUUUUAAUGACAAUACUCUUCGGUCUCACUUUUGUGACAAUGGUUGGUGGGAAUCCCGAUCAUGAUGCAUAUGGAUUCCGCCAUUGGAAUAGCCCAGGAGCCUUUGCGGAAUACGCCAGCUCAGGAGACCUUGGCCGCUUCGAAGGCUUUCUUGAAUGCCUUUGGACAGCAUUGUUCAUAGUCACUGGACCAGAAUAUGUUUCUUCUCUUUCAGCUGAGGCCAAACAUCCCCGAGUAUACGUCAAACAAGCCUUUAAGGUUGUUUAUUGGAGAAGCAUAGUCUUCUUUGUCGGAGGAGCUAUCUGUAUUGGCAUACUCCUGGCAUAUGAUGACUCCACACUAAUCCAGUCAGUGAAAAAUGGAGGCUCAUCUGCAUACGCAUCUCCUUAUAUCAUUGCUAUGAAGAAUAUGGGAAUCACUGGUCUUCCUCACUUAGCAUGUGCAUUGAUGCUAACUACAGUAUUCUCUGCUGGGAACACAUACUGGUAUGCUACAACGCGUGGACUCUAUAGCCUUGCAGCUGGUGGCCGGGCACCGCGUAUAUUCACACGAACCAAUGACCGAGGUAUACCAAUUUACUGCAAUAUAGUAGCACUGGCAUUCGGCUGUCUCUCAUUUUUGCAGCUCUCCGGGGGCGCCAUGACCGUCCUCAACUGGCUCAUUAGCCUGACUACAGCAAAUAUUUUGAUCAACUAUAUCAUUAUUGGGGUGACAUACAUUUGCUUCUAUCGCGCCUGUUAUGCACAGGGAUUUGAUAGAACAAAACUGCCUUAUUACGCAUAUUUCCAGCCAUAUUGUGGCUACAUCUCGAUCGCUUGGAUGGUUUUAAUGCUUUUCUGCUUCGGAUAUCGCAGCUUUACGCCGUGGAGCACCAAGAGCUUCUUCCUGAGCUAUACCAUGUUUAUUCUCGCACCUAUAUAUUUCUUCUCUUGGAAAAUAUUUCACGGAACCAAGUGGUUGACGCCCGAAGAAGUCGAUCUGCGCUGGGAAGCCGAUGAUAUUGCGUUGUAUGAAGCGAGCGAGACUGAACAGCCAAUCAAAUUUUGGAGGGGUAUCAUCAACAUGCUUAGAGGCUGGAAGCCUGGUCGUUGA